CAAGAUGGCAAUGCAGUGCUCAAACCCGCUUGUUACCAGAGGAACAGAUACAAAUUCAAGCAGGCACAAGUGAAAGCAGCCUUUGCAUCAAUUGAGUCAUCCCUUCUCUCUCUCUCUCUUUGUCUCUUUGACUCAGUUUCACUCUGGUUUAUGAGUCGAAACAUACUCAUAGUAUAACUGGCACCAUUCACAUCAUAACCUAUAAAGCUUCCACUUUUUCUGGGUCACCUGGCUUCCUCAAACACAGAGAAACAAUUCACUAUUAUAUUAAACAUGUGCCUCCUCAGAAUAAAAGUGUUGUAUAUUGAGAAAGAAACACACACAGGGAAAUAAGGCUUUGGCACACCCAGCACUCUCACAAUACUGAGAUUUUAAAGAUAUAAAUGUUUACAUGAAGCAUAUUUCUAUUCAUUUUAUUUCUUUGGUAAGGACACGUUUCUGUUAAAUAAAGGACAUUAUGUGUUCACUAGUCUUGCAUUCAUGGGACGGUGUGUCAACAUCUGCCCCAAUUGACAAUCCACAGGCCUGUUUAUGUAGCGGAUUUCCUGUCUGGCCCAGCAAACCAUCAGAACGGUGGCUAUCUGUGCUAGUAAUUAUCUUGACGUGCAUGUUGAACUGUAGUUGAGGGCAGAGUGUGCAUAUCUGCGGCGUAUGGGAGGAAGUCUGACCCAAGAGAAAAUAGCUGCGACUUCCUGACUGAACGUUUGCAAUGAGGAAGAGUCUUACAGGGAGGGGCAAAGACUCCAUUAGCUUGUCAACGACACACUUUCAUCUGCGGCACAGCUAUUUUCAUGCUGAGAUGACUUCCAAGACUUCCAUGUUUGCUGACUGGUACAGUCAUAUAAUCUGAUGUGUACGUGUGCCAGACUCUGAGUUGCUUUCACUGACUUCGCUGGAUUCUCCCACAUGCUGCUUGAACAGUGAGUUUGUCAUCUUGACCUUUACAGGCCUUCCUAGUGUUUUUCCACUCAUUCGACAUGGACAGUGAGGAUUCAGACAAGGUCCAGAUCGGCGAAAACAAAUUUGUAAGCAAGAGCAUUCUGCUCUCACAGCUCAGCACAUACAACCUUUACUACAAAGGAGAAGCCCUCCAGUUAAGACACAGAGAGGAGGAAGGAGAGUUGAUCAUUGAGGGUUUGCUCAAUGUUUUUUGGGGCGUACAGCGGCCAAUCAGACUGCAGAUGCAGGACGAGAAAGAGGCAGGCAGGCCACGCCCCUCACUAACAUCUCUGAGUUCAGAAACGGAUAUGGACACAUACAAUGAGGUCGCUUCAACAGAUGACCAAUCAAAAGACUUCGGUGAAGGAGAAAAGGAAGAGGCAGGUGAGGAGCAGCAGGAGCCCACACAGUCCGAUCGUCUCGCCAGGGCCAGGAGUGAUGUCGGCGGAAGGAGAAUCAGCGGACGACGGCUUGGAAUCAGGAGACUCAAGAGACACCGAUGCUCCUUCAACGGCCACUUUUAUAACCACAAGACGGCAGUAUUUACGCCUAAAUUCGGCUCUGUGACCAACGUCCGCGUCAACAGCUGUAUGACGACAACACAGGUCAUGAGGGUGCUGCUCAACAAGUUCAAGAUUGAGAACUGCCCGGAUGAAUUCAGCCUUUAUAUCGUCCACACCAGCGGAGAGAGACAUCAGCUGAAGCCGAAUGACCAUCCUUUGGCGCUCAGAGUUUUGAAAGGCCCUUGUGAACAGGUCAGCAAAAUGUUCCUAAUGGAGACGAACCAGGUGGAAGAGGUCACCCAUGAUGUGGCACAAUACAUCAAGUUUGAGCUUCCUGUUUUACAAAGCUUCAUUGCUAAACUGCAAGAGGAAGAAGAAAGAGAGAUGCAGAAAGUGAAGAAGAGGUAUGCAGAUAUCCGCCGUAUCAUCAAGAAAUACAUGCAGAAUUUAGCCGAUUGAACUACUGUUACAUGAUGAAGCUGUGCAGGCAUGUUUCACUCAUCAACACAAUCCUUAAAGCACCAACAGUGACAAAAUAGCGCUGUCUCAGGAAAAGGAACUUUUUUUUAAUUAUCACGUAAUAUAUAUAAUAUUAUAAUACAGCAGUAUCCAAAGGUACCAUGACUUUCUCUAAAUAUGCUUCAUUGGAUACACUGCACUGUACUUAGCUUUUUUUUUUUUACAAAGGAAAGCAAAUGGGUCA